GUUUAACAAAUUCGCAGUUUGAUGUUCUAACGUAGUGCAAAUUCCUGCAUAGCGAAGAUGCGAAGCUUCAGUUUGGCUCUAGGUUAUCGAGCAUCUCUGAAUUGAUUGCGAAUCAAGCGUGUAAUCUUAAAGCUUAAUCUUGUGUGCUGUGUGAGUACUGUAAAUGGUUAUCCUUCUGCGAUGAGGCGGAGGAAUCACUCCGUCAGUGUCACGAUCUAGUUGAAAGUCCAUGAAAUUAGUCGCGAGGGGUUUUGUAUGUUGUGUCAGGCAGUUUUUGGCGUGUCGGGGAUUUCAGCCGAGUGUUCCUCGAUGAGCGUGGGUUGAGUUACUAUGAGCUGGCUCAAUGUACCGCUGCCUCUGGAGGAGCGUGAUUCAAACGCACAAGGGAAGCCUUGGAAGGGUUGCAGGAGUUCGUGAGUUUUCAGCCAGACCAUGGCCAGUAGAGCAGAACAGGUCCAGUAUUGGUGCCGCAGGAGGCGAAUCCUCAAACUUGGUCCCUGUCAAGGUGAUGCGGAAUGAGCGGCACUGCGGACCAGACCGGGAGGAUGUGUCUAACACACACCAGCCGAGACCAACCGAGACGGACAGGGCGACGUACGUUGCUCUCCUGCAGAAUUGCACGAGGAAAAGAUUGUUACCUGAGGCAAAGCGAAUUCAUGCACAAAUGGUUGAGGCCGGGGUCGGGCCCGACAUUUUCCUUAGCAAUUUGCUCAUCAACAUGUACGUCAAAUGCAGAAGCGUUUUGGAUGCCCAUCAAGUAUUCAAGGAAAUGCCUCGUCGGGACGUGAUCUCGUGGAAUUCCUUGAUCUCUUGCUACGCUCAGCAGGGGUUCAAGAAGAAGGCAUUUCAACUCUUCGAGGAAAUGCAGAAUGCGGGAUUUAUUCCCAAUAAGAUCACUUACAUCAGCAUACUUACGGCAUGUUACAGUCCUGCAGAGUUAGAAAAUGGAAAGAAAAUCCAUUCUCAGAUCAUUAAAGCGGGAUACCAACGAGACCCUCGAGUGCAAAAUUCUCUUCUAAGCAUGUAUGGCAAGUGUGGAGACUUACCCAGAGCUCGUCAGGUUUUUGCUGGAAUUUCUCCUCGCGACGUUGUUUCCUACAAUACAAUGCUUGGAUUGUACGCACAGAAAGCAUAUGUUAAAGAAUGUCUCGGUCUUUUUGGACAGAUGUCUUCAGAGGGUAUAUCACCCGACAAAGUCACUUACAUCAACUUGCUUGAUGCAUUUACUACGCCUUCCAUGUUGGAUGAGGGCAAGAGGAUUCACAAGCUCACUGUUGAGGAGGGUUUAAAUUCGGAUAUCCGAGUAGGCACCGCGCUCGUUACUAUGUGCGUGAGGUGUGGGGAUGUGGAUAGUGCCAAACAAGCAUUCAAAGGCAUUGCUGAUCGCGAUGUGGUUGUGUAUAAUGCAUUGAUCGCGGCUCUUGCUCAACACGGGCAUAACGUAGAGGCUUUUGAGCAGUAUUAUCGAAUGCGAUCUGAUGGAGUGGCCUUGAACAGAACUACUUACUUAAGUAUCUUGAACGCCUGCUCCACUUCAAAAGCUUUAGAGGCAGGUAAACUGAUACAUUCGCAUAUCAGUGAAGACGGGCAUUCGUCAGAUGUGCAAAUAGGAAAUGCUCUCAUUAGCAUGUAUGCGAGAUGUGGGGACUUGCCAAAAGCUCGGGAGCUUUUUUAUACCAUGCCCAAAAGAGACCUUAUUUCAUGGAAUGCAAUUAUCGCUGGUUAUGCUCGACGGGAAGACCGAGGAGAGGCAAUGAGAUUAUACAAGCAGAUGCAAUCUGAAGGAGUGAAGCCAGGCAGGGUCACAUUUUUGCAUCUUCUCAGUGCGUGUGCAAAUUCAUCUGCAUACGCCGACGGCAAGAUGAUCCAUGAGGAUAUUUUGCGAAGUGGAAUUAAAUCAAAUGGACACCUUGCAAAUGCGCUGAUGAACAUGUACAGGCGUUGCGGAAGCCUAAUGGAAGCGCAGAAUGUAUUCGAGGGAACGCAAGCACGGGACGUUAUUUCGUGGAAUUCAAUGAUUGCAGGACAUGCUCAACAUGGAUCCUAUGAGACUGCAUAUAAGCUGUUUCAGGAGAUGCAAAACGAAGAGUUGGAGCCUGAUAAUAUCACUUUCGCAAGCGUCUUGUCUGGUUGUAAGAAUCCAGAGGCGCUGGAACUAGGAAAGCAGAUCCAUGGGCGCAUCACCGAGAGUGGUCUCCAGUUAGAUGUUAACCUGGGAAAUGCCCUCAUCAAUAUGUACAUUAGAUGUGGCAGUCUGCAGGACGCACGCAACGUAUUUCAUAGCUUGCAGCACCGCGACGUCAUGUCGUGGACAGCUAUGAUUGGCGGAUGCGCUGACCAGGGUGAGGAUAUGAAGGCUAUUGAAUUAUUUUGGCAAAUGCAAAAUGAAGGGUUUAGGCCAGUUAAGUCCACUUUCAGUAGUAUUUUGAAGGUGUGCACGAGCUCUGCAUGUCUUGACGAAGGGAAGAAGGUCAUCGCUUAUAUUCUGAAUAGUGGCUAUGAACUCGACACUGGAGUAGGGAACGCCCUUAUCAGUGCGUAUUCCAAGAGCGGCAGCAUGACUGACGCACGUGAAGUUUUUGACAAAAUGCCUAGUCGAGAUAUUGUCUCGUGGAAUAAGAUUAUUGCAGGGUAUGCUCAGAACGGUCUUGGCCAAACAGCGGUAGAAUUCGCUUAUCAGAUGCAAGAGCAAGAUGUAGUUCCCAAUAAGUUCAGUUUCGUGAGCUUACUGAACGCAUGUUCCAGUUUCUCAGCAUUGGAGGAAGGCAAGCGAGUGCAUGCUGAGAUAGUUAAAAGGAAGCUGCAAGGUGAUGUGCGUGUGGGAGCAGCUCUAAUCAGCAUGUACGCUAAAUGUGGAAGUCUAGGGGAAGCACAGGAAGUAUUUGACAACAUCAUUGAGAAGAAUGUGGUUACAUGGAAUGCCAUGAUCAAUGCAUACGCUCAACAUGGUCUCGCUUCAAAGGCGCUGGGUUUUUUCAACUGCAUGGAGAAGGAAGGAAUCAAGCCAGAUGGCUCUACAUUCACUAGCAUUCUAUCUGCUUGCAACCACGCAGGUCUGGUAUUGGAAGGCUAUCAGAUAUUUUCCUCUAUGGAAAGCGAAUAUGGGGUGUUGCCAACAAUAGAGCACUAUGGCUGCUUGGUUGGGCUACUUGGUCGUGCACGGAGAUUUCAAGAAGCGGAGACUCUCAUCAACCAGAUGCCAUUUCCACCAGACGCUGCCGUGUGGGAAACAUUACUUGGAGCCUGUAGAAUCCAUGGUAAUAUCGCCCUUGCAGAGCACGCUGCGAACAAUGCACUGAAGCUGAAUGCUCGGAAUCCUGCUGUGUAUAUUUUGUUGUCCAACGUAUAUGCUGCCGCGGGUCGAUGGGAUGAUGUUGCCAAGAUUCGGAGGGUGAUGGAAGGAAGAGGGAUCAGGAAGGAGCCAGGGCGGAGCUGGAUUGAAGUGGACAACAUCAUUCAUGAGUUUAUUGCCGCCGAUCGAUCACACCCAGAGACAGCAGAGAUUUAUGCAGAGCUCAAGAGAUUGUCUGUGGAAAUGGAAGAGGCUGGGUACUUCCCAGAUACUCAGCAUGUCCUACACGACCUGGGUAAGGCACACCAAGAGACUUCGCUCUGCACCCACAGCGAGAGGCUUGCUAUUGCGUAUGGUCUUAUAAAGACACCUCCUGGAACACCAAUUCGCAUCUUCAAGAACCUGAGAAUAUGUGGUGAUUGUCACACAGCCUCCAAGUUCAUUUCUAAGUUGGUUGGGCGAGAAAUUAUAGCCAGGGACUCCAACAGGUUUCAUAGCUUCAAGAAUGGGAAAUGCUCUUGUGAGGACUACUGGUAAAGAAUGAAGCUCAGGUAACGAAAAGUAAGAUGUGCAAGUGAGCGCAAAUUUAGAAGAGUCUACCCUUGCAAGUUUCGUGCGCGCUACCUUUUCGUAAUUACUACGAUCUUCUGCAACAUAUCUGUACACCCCCUGCCUAAUACUUGAAUUAUCUCAUUACUCUACAGAAUUGAUGAUCUCAACUACGAUAUCGAACACGAGAAUUGGUUGUGAAACUUCAACUUAGUACCUUAAAAGGAUUCAUAAUCUUAGCUUACAUAUGGUAUCCAGGCGACAUAUGUCCAAGUGUUAGAUGUCUAGAAACACUCCGAUUUCUCUGCCUCACAAGCCAAAAUUUGGACUGAAGGUUGUGAACCAGAAUAUUUUUCA